UGUAGUAGGGCGGGAAGGGGGCGGGGCUCGCGUUUGGAUCCUGUUGAUGUCAAAAAGUUACACAAGCGAAGGGAGGGGGGGCUUUUACAAAAGGGCGGUUUCACAACUAUCAACAAGACUCCACAUUUGUCCUCAUCUUUUAAAUCCACCGGUUCUACCUGACUUCUAAGAGCCUCUUCCGCCGCUUCACGCCCCCGGAGGAUUUUUGACGACAGAUUUAUUGAACAUUUUCUUGCUGUUGUUCACUUGAACGCACCUCUCCGUGGACGCUAUUCUAGAAACCGCGCGUGUCUCCAGCCUCUUUUGAUUUGAAUUUUGGGAGGACCAGCAAAGAUCGAGGGAAACACACCAGCAUGUUUGCGUGAUCGUGUCGGCUGUCACGAGCAAGAAGAAGUCUCCCGCCGUCGCCUGCUUGUCUGGAGCGUCCAUUCAGCCGCCCCCCUCUCCACACCUCGCGCCUCGUGGACUCCCGUGGCCCGCUGAAACCCCCCUCACUUACCAACGACACAAACAUUUCAGGCAUGGAGCUCAGUUCCGUGAUUUUAACCACCGGGAGCUCCAUCGGGUUUUUCCGCCUGGUGAACACCGGGGUCAGUAAACUCCCCAUACCCGAGUCUGCGCGCAGGAAUGCGUGGAAAUGGAGGAAUAUCUCCACGUCGUUCGUGCACAGUUUCAUCACGGCAGUAUGGGGAGUACUUUGCUUCUUCCUGCACCCACAGAUGGCUGAAGACCUCAUAGAAACUUUCUCUUGGUUUUCUCACGCCUUGGUGUCUUUUUCCAUAGGUUACUUCAUCUACGACUUCCUUGACAUGGUGUUCAACCAAAAGCUGAGUCAGUCCUGGGAGCUCCUCUUUCAUCACAUCGUGGUCAUCACCUGUUUCGGCCUCUCUGUCCUGUCCUGCCGCUACGUCGGCUUCGCCGUGGUGGCUCUCCUGGUGGAGAUAAACUCGGUCUUCCUCCACCUGAGGCAGAUCCUGCGCAUGGCGAGCAUGGCCUCCGUCACAGCGUACCGAGUGAACAGCAUGAUCAACCUGGGCACGUACGUGGUGUUCCGUAUCAACACGCUCGCCUGGAUGACCCGCUGGCUGGUGCUCAACAGGGACAAGGUGCCCCUCCUGGCCUACACACUGGGAAGCGUCGGCAUGGCCAUCAUGACGGCCAUGAACAUUGUUCUCUUUUGCCGGCUGCUCAGGAGCGACUUUUUAAAGAGCAGCACCCGGGAAACCAAGAAGGAAAAAGAAAUGUAGAACUAGAUUUUUUUUCUCCAUGCUAUAACACCCUGUGGCUGAGAUUUGGUACUGUAUUGCCUGAGUGUGACGUACACCAACACCAGUCGACAUGCACUGUGUUUUCAAAACGCCUCACUGCAAACACAGACCCCACCGCCUUUAAACUGAAAGAAACUUCUUGCAAGUUUGACAUUCUGGCCUCUCUGUGCUCACCAGGUUUUGCAAAGUGGCACCAAACGCCUUAGCCUCUCAUCGGGUGUUUCAGCUUUUUUAAACAUGAAAUGACGCCUCCAACAACUGAACAAAAUUACAAAAAAAAAAAAAAGACUAAAUUAGUAUAACAACCCCUUAAUGUAAGCUAUAUAUAAACAUAUAUAUUUAAAACUCUUAAUUUCAGCUCCAAAUCUCCUCAAGUAAAACCGCCUGCUACCUCAGAGAUCCUUCAACAGUCUUUUGCCUCUUUUUCACUUUGCUGCCUCCUAGACCUGAGCAAAGAAAGGCAUCAAUAGCUACACAUUCAUAGAAUUGACAGAAAUAUUUAAUGAGUGGGUGGAAAUGAAGUACUUUGAAGUAGCACUUAGCUUGCAGCAGUGUUUCCUCUCUAGCCUUCGGAAUCAUAAGGAAUUAAGGAAGCGACGCCUUUUUUUCCUAAAGCGUUUUGAGGAAAGCAGACAUCUACAGCAGCUUUAGACUUGGUUGCAGCAUGUGCCAUCCACUCUGCAGAUGCCAUACGUCCCCCCCCUUCCCGGCGUGAGAACACUUGAAAUCUGUGAAGUGGCUAAAGAUUGUGCUGCACUGACGCUUCUAUCUUUAUUGCAUCACGACGGCUCUCAGAGUUUUGAGGAAGGUAAUGAUUCUUUAACAGUAAGAGGGCAGUACACUCCUUAAUAUCACCACUGUGACCUUUACAAAAAAAAAAAAGAAUCAAACAGACUGUUUUGGAAAUCUGUGUUAUCACAGCUUUUGUUUUAAGUCACAUUUAAAUUUUCCUCUCCAUUUUACUCCCUACAUCGCUUGCUCUCUCUCUCUUUCAAUGCUGUUUAGAUUUUAAAAUUUUGUGUCGUUUAAUCAGUGUUUAAAAAAUCUGUGCAUCCCCAUAAUUUAUGUGUAUUAAUAAAAAAGCAAAAUCAAACGAUGAAACGCUUUCGCUGGGACACGACGUGUGCGGUGAAGCUGAUGUUUUGAUGUUGGGGAGUGCGUCGCCACCGUUUCAUCUCCAUAUCCAGAGCUGCUUCGUGGAGCGUGAGCGCUACAUUUUCUUUGCCGCCAUCUGCAGUCAGCUGAAUGUACUACAAAUUAAAACGACCAUUUAUUUAGGCAUUUCUGGGAUGCUGAUUUGCUGUUUUCCUUGUUUAACUUGUUGGGCAGCUUUUGUGGUUGUAGUGAAGACAGCUGGUGACAUUUGAAGUGAACUUUUAACAAGCAAAGCUUACACCGUGAUUGUGAUCUGCACUGUUUUGGGAAUUGCACAGUGAUGACACUCUGAUGCUUUUUUUUGUUGUUGUAUAUAAAUGUUGUCUCUCUUGUUUUUUUAUGAUUUACAGUGGGGUUUUGGUAAAAGCUAGCUGAUAUCCAGCUUUUGGCACUCCACUUCCUGUUUGUUUUUUUGUUUUUUUAUUGUUCCAGUUUAAAUGUCUGAAAAUAACCUCAAGGUGAUGCUCUGUCUCAUAGUUGUGCUUUGCCAGCGUUUAAAAGUAAAAGUAUUUCCAUGUGAAGUUGCACAGAAACUUUCUCAUCAUCUUUGUCAAUGCUAAAUCGAAUCUUUUUCAGAGCUGAAAACUUUGUUUUUGUUUGCUCAUACAUGAAGCUUCUAUUUGAUUUAUUUCUUGGUGCGAAAAUCCUAACGACUGUUGAAACUGUGCAGCUUUACAGAAGGGUUUGAACCCUUUUAGUAAAGGUGUAUCUUCGGAAAUAUUAAAGCAAUCAAGACCAA